CUCUCCCGUGAGAUGAAAACUUUCAGGCGGCCUUAGUGGCUGGAGGGAAAUAAAAAAAAGCUCAAGAUGGCGGAAAAUUUAAAAGCCUGCUCUGUUUGUUGCAAGGCAUCUUGGUCUCAGCUCCAAGAUCAGUGCCGUUUGGAGAAGGUGUGCUGCCCAGCCUUAGGCAUUACAAGAAAAAACCUCUGUGAUUUUGAAGUGGAGUAUCUGUGUGACUACAAGAAAGUCCGGGAUGAGGAAUACUACCUGGUGAAGUGGCGGGGUUAUCCCGAUUCACAGAACACCUGGGAGCCCAGAAAGAACCUGCGCUGUAUCAGUAUACUCAAACAGUUCCACCGGGACCUAGAGCAGGCAUUGAUCUGGCGAGGAUGCAAGCUCAGAAAAAAUAUGCGUUUGCUUGACCAAGGCGUCUCCAACUACCUAGUGCAGAAGGCCAAACAGCGGCGGGCUUUGCGGCAUUGGGAGUAUGAGCUCAAUGCCAAGCGCAACCACAAGGGAUGCAUUGUGGUAGAGAAUGAGGUGGACUUGGAUGGGCCUCCCCGGGACUUUGUCUACAUUAAUGAGUACAAGGUUGGGGAGGGCAUCACUCUCAACCAGGUGGCUGUGGGCUGUGAGUGCUUGGACUGUCUGUCGGAAGCAGCUGGAGGUUGCUGUCCUGGCGCCUCCCACCAUAAAUUUGCCUAUAAUGAGCUGGGCCAAGUGAAGAUCAAGGCUGGCAUGCCCAUCUACGAGUGCAAUUCUCGCUGCAGCUGUGGGAUUGACUGCCCCAACCGAGUGGUGCAGAAAGGCAUUCGUUACGACCUCUGCAUUUUCCGGACAGACAAUGGGCGUGGCUGGGGUGUGCGUACACUGGAGAAGAUCCGCAAGAACAGCUUUGUCAUGGAGUAUGUGGGAGAGAUCAUCACAUCGGAGGAAGCUGAACGACGGGGUCAGAUCUAUGAUCGGCAGGGUGCUACUUACCUCUUUGACCUGGACUAUGUAGAGGAUGUAUACACAGUGGAUGCUGCUUACUAUGGCAACAUUUCACACUUUGUCAACCACAGUUGUAACCCAAACCUACAGGUGUACAAUGUCUUCAUUGAGAAUUUGGAUGAGCGGCUGCCACGCAUUGCCUUCUUUGCUACUCGGCCUAUCCGUGCUGGUGAGGAACUCACUUUUGACUACAACAUGCAAGUGGACCCAGUAAAUGCAGAAAGCACAAGGAUGGACUCUAAUUUUGGCCUAGUGGGAGGCCUGGCUGGCUCACCGAAGAAGCGGAUGCGAAUUGAAUGUAAAUGUGGCACAGAGUCCUGCCGGAAAUACCUCUUCUAGUUCCUCACUAGUUUUGCUUGGGAAGAUGUCUGGUCAGGCUUGAAUUGGAAGCCAAGGACAAGUUGGCAGUUGCUGAAUGAUUGCAGUCAGAGGGUAAGAGUCAGGAACUUACCUGCUUGAAAAGCAAACUACCAGGACUAUGAACUGCAACAUUUCCUAUGCUACCCAGCCCCACUUAGUUGCUUCUCACUGCCAAAUUCUUAUGGCAGCCGGUGGGGGGACUCUUUGGUAGGCAGGAAGGUGGUUUGACAUCAAACUUGCUGCUGAGAAGCUAGCUGAAAAGACCACAGCAUGGAACAGAACUCCCAUCUUAAGUCUGUGCAUGUCUUAUCAGAACCUCAGUUCCAGCUUCUUCGUAUUUUAAAGGCUUGCUUGCAAGUGCAGUGAGGCGGAGAACACUGGGUAAUUUCUUUUCGUCAGUGUGUGGUUUUCUAAGGGAUAGAAGUCUUGCUUUUUAAUAAGAAGCAUUUCUUAGCUUCUUUAUGGAUAGGUGGGAAAACACAGUCAUUUGUUGUUGGGUUUCUUUAAUGGAUUUGCCUGUACACAGACUCUGUGUAUUACCUCAAUGUGCCAUAUGACUGCUGUCCAUCUCUACAUAUUCAUCAAACCUCCUCUCAGUGAGGGUGGGAGAGAGGCCCAUGUAAUCUGUACUUGAAAUCGCACUUAAUACUCAUCAUGGAGUGAAGCCCUAUGCAAACUGAAAAGCCACAUCACCUCUUUUAACAAGUACGUUUUAAAAAAGAAAUGUUUUUUAAAAUAUAUUUUUAGAAAUGGGUUGGGGCAAAGAAGCUAGCUUCUGGAAAUAGCUGUAUUUUGGAAGCUAUUAUGAAGUUUUUGAAUUAUGACUGAUAAACUGAAUUAGAUGGUUGGAUUCCUUAUUUUGUUUGUGGCAUCUUAUACUUUUUACUUUAAAAACAAAAAAUCUCAGCUGACUUCAGUGAUGUAGAGAAUAGGAAUUAGAAACCACUUUAGUGUUACAAACUUGGCCAAACAAGUCAUACCAGAUCUCCAGAUCCAUUUACUUAUGGAUUCCUGCAGUAACCCUUAGAACUACAGAAAGGGAUUUAGUAGU